CGUCUGUGAGCGCACUCCCGCUGCCUUUAUCCGAGGUUAAGUGAGAGAGGAGGAGAGGGAAAUGGGUUUGGUUUAGCUUUGGUGGAUGUAGAGAUGGGAAAUAGGUGGAGAAAACUUGCUCUCCUUUUGCUCCUUGCUCUGUUUCUUCUUCUUCUAGUGGUGCAGUCGAUUGGCGCCAAUGAUUCAGCUCGCAUGCAGGAAACAGCAGGAGAAAACAAAACGACCGCCACCAGACGGUCAAGUGGUGGCGGUUCGCAUGGAGGGCAUGGUGGUUCAUCUGGUAAUGGUGGUGAUGGAGCCUCAGAUGGCACUUCCAACACACCUGAUGGAAGGGUAAUCCCAGUGAUUGGAGGGGGUCUGGCUGCUCCAAGGAAUGGAGCUGCCGCUGGCCACCGGAGGCAUAAUGCAGCGAGCAGCACCCACAGCUGCUGCCUUCCCAUUGUGCUCACUUCUACUGCACUUGGAGUCGUCUUUCUGGCUUUGUAAAGAGAUAUGCAAAGACACCUAAAUAUAUACAAGAUGCUCUGUAUGCUGUCAACGUAAUUUUAGAAAUCAUGUAACAAUUUGUAUAACUUAUAAUAUUUUUUUUUAUUAAUAUAAUCCUAUAUCAACUUAUAUUA